AUGACCUCUACAGGUGUAAAGCGAAAGCGAUCUGUCAGUGCACUUCUAGCAGACAUUCCACCUCUGAAGAGUAUUAGAUUCAAAUCCAUGGAAUCUCCUCAUCGCUCUCCAACUGCCAAUCUGCCCAAUAUUGAUCCGCGGAAUCCAUACACCCUAUUCUCUCUCUAUAUCUCAGAGUCUGAUAUUCAGAAUAUUGCCUGUUCCACCAAUGCCUACGCGGAGAUACAGAUAUCAAGGAAUUCAGCCAUUCAGCUAUCAAUCCACGGGAAUGGCAGCCAACUACUUCUACAGAAAUCAAGGCCGGAAUCCUCCUCCUUUAUACAGAAGCUAGAGCCUUUAUACUCCAACUUCCAUGCAGCAUGCCGGAAAUACUACAACCCAGGUUCAAAUCUCUCCAUUGAUGAGAUGAUGAUUCGGUUCUUUGGACGGUCCAAAUACACAGUUAAGAUGCCUCAGAAACCAAUCAAGCAGGGAUAUAAGGUCUUUGGACUAGGAGAACAGGGCUAUCUUUGGACUUUCUCCAUGUCUAAUGAUAAUCUCCGCAUAAGUACGAUGUUCCGUACUCCAGGAUUAACCAAGACUGGAUCUCUUGUGGUGGAAUUGAUUGAACGGUUGCCAGUAUUUAUACAGAGCUCCGCGGCUCUGAGCUCUCUACAGCACUCUGAGCAGCAUCUAGAGUUGAAUAACAGCAAAGAGGUUGCUGGCUACUCAAUUUACAUGGACAACUACUUCACCUCUGUUGCUCUAUUCCAUUAUCUUCGAAAGCAAGGAAUUGGAGCUUGUGGAACCACCCGUCCUGCCAAUCUGCCUCCUCUUCUACAAGAACUAAAGAACUCCGGACUAUCCGCUCAUAUUCCCUUCAAUACUCUGUGUAUAAUACCUCAAAAUGAGGUUCUCUGUCUUGGAUGGAAAGACAAUAAUAUAGUAUUACUACUGUCUACAAUUCAUAUGCCAGACAGCUUUGUUGAACGUGUCAGGAAGCGCCCAGGAUUGAACUCAACUAAUGGCCCUCAGAUCCGGAGGAUAUUUGGAGACAAUUGGCAAAAAGCAGUGGAGAUUCCUACCAUCAUUGAUGAUUACAAUCAUAAUAUGAAUGGGAUUGACCUAGCAAAUCAGUAUAGAGCAUCCUAUGAGACUCAUAUGCCCACUAAUCGCACCUGGUUGACAAUUCUGUACUGGAUUAUUGAUCAUGCCAUUGUCAAUGCUUAUAUUCUUCAUCGACUGGCUACUACUGGCACUACUGGCACUACUGACACUACUAUAUCUCACGUUGAAUUCCGCCGGCAGCUCUAUAUUCAACUCCUAGAAUUCUCAAAUCCUCUACCUACUACUCGAUCAAAUCCGGAUCUAAAUCACCAGCGAAUUUCUCUGCCAUCUUCUCAAACUUGUGCCUGGUAUUACAUAAAUUACACUAAAACACGCCAAUACGGCCGAUCUCUCAUAUAA